CGUGGUUGUUCCAGUCUCUUUUUCUCAGCGCACACAGGCACACAAGGCACACAAGCACACAUCAUCCACGUGCCACCUUCUUGUCUCUCGGCUUUGUUCAUUCAUCCCACGUCUUCCCCCAUUUCUCAUUCCCCCCCCCUCCCUCCUUACACCUCCGACACUUGUCCCUCGUACCUCGACGCCAUGUUCGGGGAUAUCAAGGCGUGUGACUUCAGCCCGGAUGGGUUCUUCUUUGCCGUGCUCGGCGUGAAUGGGCAGCUGCGCGUGUUCGAGACCGCCACCAACACCCAGCGGCUCAUCACAAGCAUCACCACAGACAAGGACGACCAACACAGUGAGCACACAACCCUUGACAGGAGACAACGAUCCCGACACAUCAACUGCUUCACAUGGAAACCGCCCACACAAGAAAAGAAAAGAAGACGAGCCAAGAAGCAGGCAGAUCCCACGAUUCUGGCUGGCUAUUCCACGGGCGAGAUUGGCUUGAUCAGCGUGAACUCGGGCGCCACACAGUUCUGGACACCCGAUGACGAUGAUAGCGAAACACACAAGCACAACGUCACUGCCCUUGCAUGGCACGCUGAGGCGAGCGCAGUCUUCUCGCUUGACCAGCGUGGCACCGUCCUCAAGUGGUCACAAGAUGGCAAGCACAGUGAGCAGUUUCUCAAGAGGGCUGUCAAGUCUGCGCGCUCGUUGAGUGCUGGCCUGCCCACGGCAGAUAACCAACACACGAUCCUUGUGGCGGGACGGGACAUCUACGUCUAUGCUGUUGAUGGUGCUACAGAGCUUAAGAGAAUAUCAGCGCACGUCAACCCCGUGUCUCGGUUGUUGCUAUGCACGCGGUCGGACGUCCAGGGUGUGUUCUCCUUUGUGUCCUCGGACGAUAAUGAUCGGCAAAUCAACUUGUGGUCUCUCGACGUUACAGAAAAGAAGCAACAGUUGUUGAUGGCCAUUGAAUCACCGGCACAGCCUGCCGCUGUUACCUACUCCGCGGGCGCCAAGAAGAACUCUGCACUGCGCGUCGCUGUCUUGGGCCUCAACGGUUGCUUGUACGUGUAUGAUGGGCUGAGCAAGGUACACAAGACGCCUGUGGCCACCAUUCGCAUGGAGACGGGCGAUGUCCCCUCCAAGAAGGUGUCCAUCAUUAGUGCACAGUUUCCGGCAGAGCGCAACGAGCAGACGAUUCAUAUUGCACGCGGCAACGCCAUCGACCCCACCUUUGAGGACCUGACGCUGGGGAGCACGGCUCAGGACCAGCUGCUGACGCGCGAUGCGCCGCUGGAGCUGUUCCAGUCUGUGUCGAAGCAGCAGCAGAAGCUGUUCAAGGACCGCGCCCCCACAGCGAAGCCCACCAUCCUCGGCGCUGCACAAGUCGGAUCCGUCCAGUCAAAGCCAUCGGAGGAGGCGAUCAAGCCGCUGAGCAAGCAGUUUGCAAACCUGCUGAAGGAGACGGGUGCUGAUCAGCUGCCGCAAGGCUACACGCGCGAUGGACAGCCCCGGUCUGGCACCUUGAUUGGCAUGCUCAUGCAGGCCCUCCACUCCUCCGAUAACGCCCUCCUCGACGAGUGCUUGAGCUCUGCGACGGAGCGCAUUGUCAAGGCGACGACUGCGCGUCUGCCGCCCAAGUUUGUGCCGGUCUUUUUCAAGAAGAUUGUGCACAAGCUGGAGGCUCGCCCUGCCCGCGGCUCGUCCCUGCUUGUGUGGAUCCGCUGCCUGCUCAUGGCACACACCAGCUAUCUCCUCACCCUGCCCAACCUCGCAGACAUGCUCAAGGACCUCUAUGGCAUGGCUGAGGCGCGGCUUGCGGCGUUCCCUGCGAUUGCGCGGCUAUCUGGUCGCCUCGAUUUGCUGUUGGCGCAUGCUGACCGCACCGACCAAGGCUUGGAGGACGACCUGGCCGACGUCGACGAGGACAUUGUGCCGCGCGCCGUCUACAUUGAGCCCGAGGAGGACGACGAAGAGGAGGAGGAAGCUGGUGCCGAUGGUGAAGACGAGGAGGAGGACGACGAAGACGAAGACGAGUGGGAGCCUGUGGAGGUGCCUGGCGAGGAUGACGCGCUCUUUGAUGAUGUGCUGGGCAUGUCUGAGAUGGAAGACUCUGACGAAGACGAGGACGACGCUGCGUCUGGGAAGCUGCUCGGCGAUGAUGAUGAAGAUGAAGAAGAUGAUGAGGCUGAGGAAGAGAGCGAUGAUGACGACGAAGAAGAAGAAGAUGAUGAUGAUGAUGAGGAGGAGGAGGAAGGCGACAAUGCCAUGGACGAGGAUGACGACGAUGAUGAUGAGGCCAACGACAGUGAUUGAUGAGAGACGGCACGUUCUCGUUCUCUUCCUCUUCCUCUUUUUCUCGCUUAUUGUCGAUUAUUAGGAACGCUGUAAAUGUAAAUCUACAAAUCCGAA